CUGUAUCGUGUAUCGUGUAAACUGCAAACUGUAUCGUGUAAACGGCGAACUGUAUCGUGUAAACUGCAAACUGUAUCGUGUAAACUGCAAACUGUAUCGUGUAAACUGCAAACUGUAUCGUGUAAACUGCAAACUGUAUCGUGUAAACUGCAAACUGUAUCGUGUAAACUGCAAACUGUAUCGUGUAAACUGCAAACUGUAUCGUGUAAACGGCAAACUGUAUCUCGUGUAAACUGCAAACUGUAUCGUGUAUCGUGUAAACUGCAAACUGUAUCGUGUAAACUGCAAACUGUAUCGUGUAAACUGCAAACUGUAUCGUGUAAACGGCAAACUGUAUCUCGUGUAAACUGCAAACUGUAUCGUGUAUCGUGUAAACUGCAAACUGUAUCGUGUAAACUGCAAACUGUAUCGUGUAAACUGCAAACUGUAUCGUGUAAACGGCAAACUGUAUCUCGUGUAAACUGCAAACUGUAUCGUGUAUCGUGUAAACGGCAAACUGUAUCGUGUAUAGUGUAA